GUAAUUGUUCGUGUGAAAUUUAAAUAAUGUUCUAUUUUUGUUCAUUCUCUGAGAACAAAUGGUUUUAUCUUCCAUAUCUCUGAAUUACAACACGUGAAUAAAUAUGUAAAAAUAAAUAAAGAUAAUCAAGGACACUAGCCAGUAUUUGGUAUUCGUCCUCGUAUCAUCCUCCAAUCAGAUGUUGAAUAGGAGGGAUUAAGAGCUCUUGCGUAGCUAUCACGUUUGUUUUGCUGUUCCGGUCUAGCUAACCUAAGCUAACAAGCUACAGAAACGGUGGUAGCAACUUAAGAGGAGCCAACAAGCUUUGUCAAAAUUAGCUGCUGUACUGUAACGUUCAGGUAUUUUUUUUACGUGAACAGGGUGUUAAGUUGCCUGUGCACAUCUUUGUUUUUUCUUUUCUUUCUAAGAAGUGGAAUUUUGGACUGUAAAACUGGGGUGUCCAUAUAAUUUGAGUGUGCUCUGCUAGCACUGGCUUCCACCCUGUGACUUCUUGGUCACUGGAGGGGUACCUCAGAGCAAGAGCCCAAACUAUAGCUCCAGAGCCCCUCUCUGCGUGUGAGAAAAUUUUCUUUUUGUUUUCUGGAGACUUCCAGCUUUUCCAGUCAAGAUGUCAUCCAUCUUGCCGUUCACCCCUCCUGUGGUGAAGAGGCUUUUGGGCUGGAAGAAGUCGACCAAUGGGCCAGGCGUAGCGGGCAGCGGAGAGCAGAAUGGGCAAGAGGAGAAAUGGUGUGAAAAGGCUGUGAAGAGUUUAGUGAAAAAGCUUAAGAAGACAGGCCAGUUAGAUGAACUGGAGAAAGCUAUCACCACACAGAACUGCAACACAAAGUGUGUCACCAUCCCCAGCAAUUGCUCUGAAAUAUGGGGACUGAGUACACCAAAUACGAUAGAACAGUGGGAUACAUCAAGCCUAUACAGCUACCCUGACCAAACCAGAUCCCUGGAUGGCCGCCUACAGGUCUCCCACAGGAAGGGGCUUCCCCAUGUUAUCUACUGCAGAUUGUGGCGAUGGCCGGACCUUCACAGCCACCACGAGCUGCGUGCCAUUGAGGCCUGUGAAUAUGCCUUUCACCUCAAAAAGGACGAGGUCUGCAUCAACCCCUAUCACUACCAGAGGGUGGAGACCCCAGUGCUGCCUCCUGUUCUUGUGCCAAGACAUUCAGAUAUCCUGCCAGAACUGCCACCUUUGGAUGACUACACUCAUUCCAUACCCGAGAACACAAACUUUCCUGCAGGAAUUGAACCACCAAACAACUAUAUACCAGAAACACCUCCACCCGGCUACAUCAGUGAGGAUGGGGAGGCCAGCGAUCAACAGAUGAAUCAAAGUUCUCCGGCACAGCUUUCCCCCAGCACUCUGUCCCCUGUCAAUCACAGCAUGGACCUACAGCCGGUGACCUACUCAGAGCCAGCCUUCUGGUGCUCUAUAGCCUACUAUGAGCUGAACCAGCGUGUGGGGGAGACGUUUCAUGCUUCUCAGCCGUCACUGACAGUGGAUGGAUUCACAGAUCCAUCAAAUUCUGAGCGGUUCUGCCUGGGCCUGCUGUCCAAUGUCAACAGGAAUGCCACUGUGGAGAUGACCCGAAGGCAUAUAGGAAGAGGAGUAAGACUGUACUACAUUGGUGGGGAGGUGUUUGCUGAGUGCUUGAGUGAUAGUGCCAUUUUUGUCCAGAGUCCAAACUGCAACCAGCGGUAUGGCUGGCAUCCAGCGACGGUGUGUAAAAUCCCCCCAGGGUGUAAUCUAAAAAUCUUCAACAACCAGGAAUUUGCUGCCCUGCUGGCCCAGUCAGUCAACCAGGGAUUUGAGGCGGUCUACCAACUCACCAGGAUGUGCACCAUCCGUAUGAGCUUUGUGAAAGGCUGGGGAGCCGAAUAUAGGCGACAAACUGUCACAAGCACUCCUUGCUGGAUCGAGCUGCAUUUGAAUGGUCCCCUGCAGUGGCUUGACAAGGUUCUGACCCAGAUGGGUUCCCCAUCUGCACGCUGCUCCAGUAUGUCCUGAACAGCUGAGGAAUCACCCCCCAAAACAUUACAAAGAUCAUUAAACUCUAAUCUUGUGAGUCCUUAAAUGGAGAAAAAAUGGAAACCCCCAUUGAAUCAGUUUUUUGUAACAUACUUCAUAGUAUUUGUGGCCCAGUUCCACAUUUCUCUUAACUUUAUACACCCACAUACAGAAGAUCAAAUGCACCCACACUGUUGCACUCACAUAUGUACACAUACAGACUUUUCAGUAAAAACAACAAAAAAAAGAGAUUGGCACUUUUUUUUUACCCAUCUAUGUCAUGCACCUUGUUAAAUUGCUUUGCCCCAAAUCCUUAAUAUUAGAUCUAUUUGUGGUACAAAUAAAAUGUAUAUUGGUUUUUAGUGUGGGAAGUAGGGGAAAUACCAAAAAUAUCUGUGAAUAGUUUCUCAGUGUUGAAGAUGGCUUGUAUAAGUAACAUGAGCUUGAAUGCUGAAAUGAUUUUGUGUUCCAGCCCACCACAACCAUUGUUCUGAACCUAAGUUUACUUUUCUCUGGGAAAUUUGGCCCCAUCUUUUGUCAGGGGGAGGAGGCUUAGUGAAGAAACGAUGACCAUGGUGGCUGUUUUUCCUCUGAAGGAAAUGCCACAGUGUGUUUAUGAAAUUUGAUUAAAUUGACUGCCACAAUGGCCCUUUUUUUUAACUCGUGUGUCGUUAUAAGACAUACCCUUUAAAUGGACAUAUAGGAAUGUUAGUAAAAGAAAUAUUUCCACAUCUCUAAACAGACUGCAGCCUCAGUGCAGCUAUAGUUUGUUUUUGUAUUUUGUGUGUCCAUACAUGGCACCCCUCUGUAUUUGAUUUGCAUCCCCACUGAAAAGCCUGAUAAUGAAGAUAUUGGCCAGGCUUUGCAGGGCAAACUGGGCAGGGACCAGAGAAUAUAGGCAGUUAUCAAAAUUCAAUGUUUUGGUUUUUUUUUGUUGUUGUUUUUGCCACCCCCACCCCCACCCCUCCUUUUCUGACACAGUACUGGGAGUCCUUGGACUCCUCAAGGUGAAGCAUUAAACGUCUCACCAAGAGAAAACUGAAGGUAUCAAUUAAUUCAUUCUGUUUUUAGCCUAUAUCCCCAUUGUUUUGCUACUUUUUUGUAUUCUCAUGUAUUUUUAUAUAUAAAUAUACUUAAAAUUUUCUGUCGUUCACUCUUUAUUAAAAUGUUUUCAAGACCACAGUGGUUUAAAAAUACAAGAAGGCAUGGAUCUAUGUUUUAUCCCAAGUUCCCAAUAGCAUAUCGUUUUAUUUUAUUUUUAAACCAAGACAAUUAAUCACUGCCCUACAUGAUGUGUAGCUUAUGAAUAGCCUUUGUUUUUUGUUUGUUUUUCCCAAAGAAAUCUGGUGCAUUUAAAGUACAAAAAACAACUUUUAGACUUUACUGAAACCUAAAAUAUACUGUCCCAUAAUAGUUUUGAUUAUUACUGAGGCAUAAAGAACCUUUUAAUGCCCAUUCAUUCAUCUCUUCCUCUUUAUAAACACACGUGACCUCUUGUAGCUUUUUGGUGCUUAAUCAAGCAAGUAAAUCAGCCAGAAAUAAUUGGCUGGAACCGUUACAGCAGCAUGGGAGGAGAGUGAAUGUGCUUGCACACUGGGACAUUCUGUGUUGAUGUGUGUAUUGUAUUUGUUCAGUCAUUGAAAUACAGUAUGUACAACAAGACUUACUACCUUAAUCUCAACUUACUUGGCUGUUGCAAGUUUAACAUGCCCUCCCCUCCCCCUCCAGCAUCUCUUCUUGUAAAUGCGUUUACGAUAUGGCACUAGAGAUUGUACUUUAAGUGCAUCUAGUGACGUUUGGAUUUGGGGAACUGAACCAUUUGUUAGGGUCCAGUGUUGCAUUGUUUUUACCUUUGGCCUACAACAUAUGAAUGUGAAACAAAGAAAAAAAAAAACAUUACAAAAACUGACGUGGACCAGAAUUGCAUAUGCAUAACAGUAGUACAGUAUGUGUGUAUUUAACAGUAAUCUUUUUGCAAAGCAGUCAGUACAGUAGAUGUUGCAGUUGUUUUUACCAGUAGAGGGCAGUAUUGGUAGAGCUUCUCUAUUUUUUUUUUUCUUUCACCCUUUCUUUUUUUCUUUUCCUUUUCUGACCAUAAGCUUCUCAGGCGUGUGGCAUAUUAUGCAGACUUCAUAAAACACUAAUAAAGAUUUUUAUUCUCAUGA